UGACCUGGAAGAUGUGGUCUGGCGGCUGAGCGCCAGGGGAUGCUAGAACCGGAAUCCCAAAAAGGACCCAGGUCUGGAAGAGGCACAAGGACACCACGGGGAGGCGCCGCCGCCCCAGUGUCCCGACUCUGGCGCCCCCGCCGGGCGGCCCCCCGAGGCCGGGGGACCGAGGGGGCGAGCUCGGCCCCUCCCCGGAAUCACCUGCGCCGGGCGGGGCGGGGCCGGGGGCGUGGCCCCAGGCGGCCAGAGCCCGGAGGCUGCGGUGGCGCCGGCUGGAGGCUGAGCGGGCGGCGGCCGGCGCGCGGGGCUCGGCCAGGCAGGAUCGAGAUGACCACAGCCACCCCUUUGGGGGGGACCACCUUCUUCUCAUUGAACAUGACCACCAGAGGAGAAGAUUUCCUGUACAAGAUCUGCGCAUCUGCCAUCUCCACUCCUGUCCUCCUCGUAGGUUCCGGAGCCAUCGUUGCUGCCAUUGUGGUGGUUGUCAUCAUCAUCUUCACUGUGGUUCUAAUCCUGCUGAAGAUCUACAACAGGAAAAUGAGGACAAGACGGGAGCUGGAGCCCAAGGCCCCCAAGCCAGCCUCCCCUUCUGCCCUGGACCCAAACAGCAACAGCAGCCAGCACCCUGCAACUGUGACCUUCAGCCCUGUUGACGUCCACGUGGAGACUCGGUGACCCCACCCUAGUGCUAUCUCGGCCACUGUCCAAGGAGCCUUCUCCAGUCAAGACCAAGAAGCACAUUCUCUGGCAGCUUCACUAUGAGCCCCUUCUGGUCAGGUCGACAGGGGCAUCUCUUAUGCAAUUCCUGAUGCUUCAGGCAACCCCCAUCAUGCCCUGCCCCUCCCCAACUACAUCCACAUCCCUGCUGCCACCCUUCCAAAAAGCUGUGGAACUUUCUUUUGUCAUCUGAUGCCAUAGAGCUAUGUUGGGAAUCCACUGAUGUGGGUUUGGCUCUCUUCCCCCAAACACGAUAGCUAGACAGACAGACAGACAGACAGACAUAGCCCAGGAGUCUUCUGGUCAGGAGUCGGGAGUCACAACAGAGUCUGCCACUGGGGUCACAUCAGAGUAAGGGCCAUAUGCACAGCUUUGCAGAGCAAAAUAUUCAAUCCCAUAAUCAGGCACAGGGCAACUAACUUGGACUAACUAGAAAACCAACUUGUGUUUCAGUACUAGGUGACCGCCAGCUAGCUCAUGACAAUUAGUCAGCACAUUUUUCCCUCUUGAAGAAAGGUUAUGGGAAAAACUGAAUUCUUCUCAAAGGUUUCUACUUCAUUAGUAAAGAGUUAGAGUAGAAAGAAAGGGGGCCUUUGAGGAAUAAUGGCCUCUAGGACAAAAGCUUGUUGCAGUGUCCGUGGGCCUGGAACGAGCCUGGUGGCUGGUCAGGGCCCCUCCUCUCCCUCUGGGGCUGGACUAACCCUGACUCGUUCUCAUUUCUUUGCUCCCCUCUAUUUAGAUUCUGAGCAAUCCUCACUCUCCAGUUAACACCUUACCUCCGAGGAGCAGUAUUUCGAGACUGAUUAGAUUACAACUGUAUUUAUGUUACCUAAGCCCUUCCUGGUCACCUUGCAGAGAUUCAGGACAUAUUCAGAGUACCACAGUCACAAACUGUUUCUCUGUACAGAGCUGAUCUCUUUGACUUCUCAGCCUGGAGAACAAUUUAUCGAGGGGGAAAGCAUUUUAGAAUUAAGCAGAACUGCUUUCUAAGCUCUACCUCCUGGUUAUGUUGCCUUGGAAAAGUGACUCAACCUCUCCAUAUUCUGUUUCCUAACCAUGAAGUGGGAAUGGUAACAUCUGCCUCAGGGGGUUACUGUAACAAGUCAAAGGCUUCGGAAAGCAGCUCGCAUAGUGCCGGGCACCCAGCAGACGCUUAGUAAAUGGGAGCCGGCGUUAUUACAAUAUUUCUUCAAUUGCAAGACGUACAUUUGUUCACAUUUUAAUGAUUCUGAAAUCACAAUAUGUCUUAAAGUUGAUAAGUCCAUUAAUGUAGUUGUAUUUUUUCCCCUCCAUCUCAAAAAGCUAUUUUUAAUCAAUCGUGCAUCUUACAAUUGAAGGCAUCUUGGAAACAAGGUAAUAAAUCUUUAAUCUGUUACAGAAAGUGACACAUUCUAACAUUUCACCUCAAAUUCUAGAAGCCUCUCCCUUUUGGGAUCAGAAAUCCCUUUUGAGGGGAAAAUGAGAGUCAGGGAGGUAAGAGGACUGACCCAGGAUCACACAGCUCCUGUCAUCCCACUAUGAAAACACUCAUUUGAAUAUGUCUGGAGAAAUACCGGCAAAUUCUUCCUCCCUGGACAUCUUUUCUCCCACUGUGUUUAAAUAUCCACUAAAUACCAGGCACUUUGCAAGGCACUUUCAUAUAAGUUAUCUCAUAGGAUUCAUUUUUCCUGAUAAACCUGGGAGGUAUUAUUUUUUCCAUUUGCAGACGAGAAUUUCAAACUCAAAGAGAAAAAGUACUUGCGGAAAGUCACACAGCUAGUAAGUUGCAGAGACAAGACUCAAAGCCAGGUCUCUCUGACUCCAAAGUCUACCAUUUUGUUGUAUGACACUUUUUUCCGCUAUUCUGGCUCAACGAACUUGGAUUCAUUUGUGGGCUGAGCAAGAGGACAGGCUUAUCCAUGUGUGUGAGUGGAAGUUAGGGGUCUAGCUUCCAAAACAAAAGUGGGGACAGCCGCUUUGGUAGCCUCCUUUGGGCUUCCAUGAUUGUAGCCAAAGUAGCCCUUUCUAAACCCAUCCAAGCUCUAAGGAUUCCUGCUUUGUUCCCCCUACCAUUUAGGCCCAAGGAGCAAGGAGUGGGACGACACUGAACCAGGGCAAAGCCAUUUCUUUAAGGCCUCAAGCUCCAAAGAGUUAGGUUUCCCAAAUGUAUUCUGCUUUAAAAAAAGAAAAAAAAUUGUUUGGAAUGUUUCAGCCCUAAAACCAGACUCUUCUGCCCACACUGGAAUCUUCCUGGAAUUACUGGAGGAAUUUUCCUCUAGUAAAUGUUCUUUUGCUAAAUGAAGGCUUGUAAACGGAGGAAAGAGGGGGAGGUAGAGAGGUGAAGGGGAGGCAAAUAAAAGAGUUUUAGUGUUUUGUUUUUAACUAAUGAAGCUAACUCAGUAAACAUCCUUUAAGGGCUCCUACGUGCAAGUUGAGGUGCUACUAAACGCACUAAGUCAUGGUCCCUUCUCCCGAGGAGUCUCAGCUGGUCUCCGGCGACAGGGAUCUUGCAGCACGGUGCCUUCCCUAACUGAGCAGAUGCUGCCUCACUUGGCCACUGAAUCAAUAAAAGAUGUUAAAGGCUUAAAGGAAAAUGUCUGAAAAUAAAAAGAUUUAAAUCAAACA